AUGAAGCAAUCCUCGCAGCAGAUGCGCCUUUCCUGGAUGAUUCUAUCCAUGCUUCCGCUGGCUGCUGCCGUGAAGUUUAUGCAGGAGUCCGCGGUCGCAGGAGCCUUUGACGAGCUUCGCGUCGUGAAUGACCAUUACCUCAAUGGUUCCGCUGCGAUGGAUGUCACGGAUGUUCAGGCCUUGCAGAGCUCUUUGAUCACACGCUCCUCGCGGGAGCGAGGCAAUCUUUCCAGAGAUCAGGAUCUCGACUCGGCGGUUUCCGCGAAGAUUUUCCACGACAUCGCUGACGUCGUUGAUGACGUCAUUGACGGUGCCUCCAGUGCUGCGAACACGCUGAAAUCCGCAGGGAUGGAAGUGGGCACUGCAAUUGGCAAUGCAGCCAUUGUGGUGGGGUCACACAUAAUCGAAGAAGCAAAAACCACGUAUGACAGUUUGCCGGGCCCCAUCAAGAAUGCAGCAUCACAGCUAGGAGAAGUGGCCGUGCGAGUCGGCAGUCUGGUACAAGACGCCGGGGCGGUGGUUGCAAAUGCUGCAGUUCACUUGGAAGGAGCUGUCUUGCACCAUGCGCAAGAAUCUGUCCAGCAAGGAGUAAAGUUGUCCAGUAAAGUGGGCGACCUCAUAACGGACAAGGAGACGUUGUUGGGAGGGGACGUCGUGAAGCUUGGGCACCUAGCUGCGGGCCUGGCUUCAGGGACCUGGAGUAGCAUCAAGGAUGCUGUCAGCUGCUGGAGCGACGCGACAUCGCUAUGUCUGCUUCUGCUCUCCGACCAGUGCGAUUGCAGUGCCUCAAGCCAUGUCACAGUCUCUUUGGAUGGCGUCUCCCUGAGGUGUGUUUUCUCCAAAACCUCCAAGUUUUCCAAAGGCUAUGUCUUCACACCCGACAGCAGCAAGAAGGCGUCCGCUGACAAAGCCGGCAGUGGCAAGUUGACAUUGCCCGGCCGGGACUUCGUGCAGGCUCACAAACAGCGUGGCCAAGUCCUGAAGCCCCGCGUCGCCUUGAAAACGAAGAAGUCUCUGUUUCCUUCAGGCUCCUGUGAGUCCAGCUUAGAGUUGGCCUUCGAGGGAGCUGUGCAGUUUGAGCCCGACAUUGCAGUCAACGUCAAGUUCAACGGCGACGCCGAGUUCAACAUCAAGGGUUUGGUGCGCGCCAGCAUCGAUGCACUGGCCACGGCUCAGGGAGGCUGUGCCCUGCGCGCUGGGAAGAAGUUUCCAACCAAGCCGAUCAGGAAGGUGAUCUGCGUCAAGAUGUUCUGCCUGCUCAUCUUCAUGCAAAUGAAGGCCGAGGUAGAGAUGGUCGGUGUUCUCACCGGGACAGUUGAAGUGGGAGCCUCCGUGGACUUCGACAUCGAAGGCACGGUUACAGUCAAUGCCAAGGGCGAUGCCGACGUGUCCUUCUCCAACCCAUCCAUCACGCACGAGGAUGGCUUUGCGAUUGGUGCGAGUGCCUUUGGCUCCGUGCGCGUGGGUGCGGGGCCGAUGAUAACAGUUUGGCCAAUGCCUGGAGCUCCUGUGAACUUCAACCCUAUGUUCCAUGCUGAGUCAAGAGCCCAGGGCACGCUGAGCUUCCAAUCGGGCUUCUCUCUCCUCCAGAACUCUCAGGAAACCCUUGGUUCGUGGAACGGGACUUCGGAGCUCCAGAUCGGUUCUCAUCGAGCUUUGGCUGGCUCGAACGUGGGUGGACCCGAGCUCCACAUGUGCGGGGCAGCAGCAUUGAACGUCUACGCGGACGCCGACCUCACAGCCUUUGCGCUGCCGCCAUCAAUCGGUUUUUCAACCGAUGCGCUCAAGGAAAGCAUCGAGGAUGCCAUCAUGACCAGUGCAGCAAUGCUGACCUUCGCGUUCGGUGCCGGUUCGUCAUGCAUUGGCUGGUCGGCAGAGCUUAAAAACUCAAUUCAUGAUGCGGCGAUGGAAGCGGCCUCUGCGAUUACGGGUCUCAUCCCUGACCUGCACCUCGAUUUCACAGGCUUCAAGCCAAUUCAGAUCAUUGAGCCCAAGAAGCUGUACUGCACGGAAGCAUACAAGACACCGGGAUUCGAUACAGCCGCCUGUGCGGCGGACCUGGGGUGCAAGCAUGCUGGCAGGCCGCCUGACCCCGAGAAUGAGAUUCCGCCGCCCGAGCAAGUAUCAGAAUAUGUGAAGUGGACUGCGGCAGCUUCAGAUUGCUCCUGGUUUCCCAUGGGAGAUCGGUUCAUAGACGUCGGCAAGUGGCGCUUGGCGGCCAUCAAUGAUGACCUCUUCUUGAUCUCGCAUAUUGACCGCUUCUCUGCUCAGAUCCUUUUUGCUGACGGCACCGUUCUCGCUGGACCGCACAAACACUGGUGCUGCUGGGGGAGGCCGCGGGGAGAGUCCAAAGGAAUCAAGUUUGGCUUCCAGUUCAUCCAGAUCGGCAACUUUCGCCUGGGUGCUGUGGAUGACACCCACUUCUCCAUUUCGCAUGUCGGGGGUGUGACGCAGCAGCUCUUCAGGAGUGAUGGCACGGUCUUCCAUGGACUGAAGGACAGGGCAACUUCAACAUUCGAUCGCCCCGAGGGAGCUCCUUUGGGUAUCAGCAUCGGGGACAGGUUCCUGCAGUUCGGAAACUUCCGACUUGGGGACGACGACGGCUGGAAUUUCCUGGUGACGCAUCGAGUGAGUUGGCAAACUAUCCAGCUAAUCCACAAGGAUGGAACGACGGCAUAUAACAGGGGCACAUCAUAUACCUCUCGAGUGAUCGGUCGAAAGCUCACUCCAUGGACAUGCCCCGAUAUCACGGAGCAGGCGUAUGGAGCCUGCAACCCGGACUUCGGAUCGUGGGGGGAUCGAUUCAUCCAGCUUGGCGAGUGGCGCUUGGCGGCCACGGAUGCCACGCACUUCUCCAUCUCGCACAAGGAUGGCAAGACAGCCCAGAUCUACCGCAGCGACGGGACGCUCCAUCCUGGGCCGCGCAGCGAUCAGAACGCCUGGGGCAGACCUGUCGGCUUUCCCCAUGGCAUCACCUUUGGGCCGGGCUUCAUUCAGAUCGGAAACUUUCGCCUGGCAGCCAUGGAUGCGACCCACUUCAGCAUAUCACACCGAAACGGGCAGACGAUCCAAAUCUACAGGAGUGAUGGGACGCUACAUCCAGGACCGAGGCACGACAAGAAUGCAUGGACCUCAUCACUCAGUGCCGGUCCUCCCGCGGGCAUCACGUUUGGGGACCGGUUCAUACAGCUUGGAAACUUCCGGAUCGGGGAUGCCGAUGGCAGGCACUUGCUUUUGACUCACAGCGGCGGUCACUCCAUUCAAAUCUUCAGGGACGACGGCACGGUGCACCCGCACACAGGACUUUCGUGGACCCCGCAGGUCAACGACCGGUACCCUCAGUGGCAUUGCGGCAGUAUCCACGAUAUCUUGGGCACUUGCCCAGGCAUCACCGCAGGUGAUGACUUUUUGCAGCUGGGGGACUGGCGUCUGGGGGCCAUUGACUUCAAGCACUUCUCUGUGUCGCACCGCGGCCACAAGACUGCACAGAUCUAUCGUGAUGACGGGACCCUGCAUCCCGGCCCCCGCACAGACUGGAGCAGCUGGGACCGUGAGCCCAAGAACGCCCAUAGCAAAGUGGCCUUCGGAGAUCGCUUCAUCCAGUUCGGCCAUUGGCGGAUCGGUGAAGUAGACAACACCCACUUCUCCGUCUCCCACAGCCAUGGCAAAACUGCGCAGAUCUUCCGUGCGGAUGGCACUUUGCACAUGGGGCCGCGUACUGAUUUCAACUUGUGGCAUGAUCGUCAUGUAGGUCCGCCAUUGGGCAUCACGUUUGGUGAUCGCUUUGUGCAGAUUGGCAACUUUCGAGUCGGAGACAUCGAUGGAAGGCACUUUUCUGUGGCCCACGUGGAUGGUCAAACCAUUCAAAUCUUCAGAGAGGACGGAAGGCUUUUCUCAGGCCCAAGGCAGGAUUUCACGACCUUUGGUCGUGGACUGCUGGAGUGCACGGUGCUGUAG